UCCCUCCUGUCAGUAUUUUUUUUUUUUUUGGCAGGAAUGGUUGUUGCAACUCUGAAUCUGUACCAGCAGGCAGCAGCAGAGUUGUAUGUUGGUGCCGUUGCUGAUCCUACUCCUUCACAUUGCAGCAGAGUAGUAUUUUUCUUCAGUAAAUUCCAGCUGGUUAUCACAAUAAUCAAGUCAAAAGUCAGCUCUUGCUUACUGGGAUCUGAUCGGUGAUUAGCAGAUAAUGGGCCAUUAUAAUUCACUAUCCCUGUGGUCUCUGGAGGUGCAUAAAAGCACUUGCAGACCUGCUGGCUGCUGCUCACCCUGACCUGACCUCGCUGUGUUUUCUUUUCUUCUCCCUGCUACUUGCAUCUCUCUCUCUCUCUGCAUCCGCAUCCAUGGCGUCCAUCACCAGCAAGGACAAGGAGGAGCCUCUCGAGCUGAAGCAGGGAGGGAGCAAGGUCUUCUCCAAGCUGUUCACCAGGGAGAGCUCCCCCGCCGCGCCGUCCUUCCGGGUGUACUACGGCGUCGCGUCGGCGGGGUCGGUGCCCUUCCUGUGGGAGUCGCAGCCGGGUACGCCCAAGAACGACGCCGUCUCCACGGCCACCCUGCCGCCGCUCACGCCGCCGCCGUCCUAUUACACCGCCAGGCAGCAGGCCACACACAGGCACCACAGGUCCUCCUCCGCCGCCUCCUCCAACGCCGGCAAGAAGCAUUCCAAGCAGUACAUCAGCAUCUUCAGCGCCAUCCUGCCCAAGAUCAUCCUGCACAGGCGAUCCAGCAGGUCCUCGUCGUCCGGCUCGCCCACCGCGUCUUCCUGCUCCUCCUCCUCGUCGUCGUGGGCGUUCUCCUCAUCCGCCUCCUCGGCGUCGUCGCUGUCGUUCCGCAGCGCGCAGUCGCCCGCUGCCUGCUCGUCGAUGCGGAGCCGCGUGUACGCGUUCUCGGUCGCGGACGUCGCCGACAGCGAGGACGAGGGGCCGGCGGCGCCGGCGUGCUUCAGCGUGCGGCACGAGAGCUUCAGGGCCUUCAAGGGCUGCCGCGUCGCCAUGACGGUGAAGAGCGCGCUGGCGUCCGUCGGCGGGCACGGCCAUGGCCAUGGCCCCGCUGCUGCAACUGCAACCGCAUCAGCACAGAAGGUGUGAUGCUCUCGUUAACCCUCAUGGUCAUGGCGCGUGUCAUGCACGCUGUCGCUGUUCCUUGGAGAGCUGCUGGAUCGGAGCUUGAUUACUCUGCAUGUUUUAACGGUGUGCCCUGUAUGUCUCUUUCACGGGGUAAUGUUGAAAAAAAAAUCCAAAACAGAGCUUAUCAAAGUAUUAUAUAUGAUGAAUUAAGUUUGUAACAGUGUGUAAAUUAAACAAUAAUGUAAUGAGCAUAGCAUGGCUAUGUGAUUUCAGAUCCACUUGUAAAUCAUGUUUGGUGUGUGUAGGCUGCGCUUUUGCUGCCUGAAACUCAA